AUGGAUGGAAGGCAAGGUAAGACAGACGACCCAUCCGCAUCUUCGGGAGGAGAGGGUGUGCCCAUGCCCUUCUCCCAUUGGUCUCUCAGAUACGCGAUACCGCUGAUAAGAGAUUUGGCGAGCAGGGGGCCACCUGAGCCCGGCAGGGGAACCUGGAACCUCGACUUUUCGACACUUUCACCCCCUGGCACGUUCUGCCGUUCUGAUGUCUUAUCGGAUAAGAUAAGGUACGUAUCUCCCUCUCCUCCCCUCUCCCCUCCUCUCCGCCCGCCAGCCCUGCCACUUCCCUUUCUGGCCUGA